CAAGGGGAUACAUACAGAUCACGAUGAGGCUCUUUGUUCUCUCCAUUGGCUUUUGCCUUCUGGCCCUCAUACAGCUUUGUCUGGCACGUACAACAGCAUCUCAAACAAGAGGAAAAUCAACGACUCCCAUGCCAAAGACUAGCAAUUCUUGCGGUCCAAAACCUGCACCCCUCAUGGCUGCCGAAAGCCACUGCAAGAAAAUGGCUAUGAAUAUCGAGGGAAAAGAUGCAAUGGCAAUGAGCCAAAACUCUUCGGAAAUGGUGACCACAAUGAAUCAAACUGAGGGCAUGAUGCACUCUAAGUGCUACCCUCUGUGCCUAUUGAAAACUUUGGGUAUAGUUGAUUCUAAAAUGAUGCCUAUCGAAGGCAAGAUAAAGGCAAUGAUGAUGACAAUCUCACUGAUUAAUGAUCCUAAAUCUAGUGAGAUGAUGGGAAAAUUACUUGAUUCAUGUCUGUCUCACUACCGUACUGUAAUGUCCAAGGACGAAAUGCACCAGGGACACAGCGAAUCAUGCCCGAGCAUGGAAAAUGGGCACCCUAAAUCCAUGGAUAAAUGUUCGGGAGCAUUGGAGCUGAUAAGCUGCAUAAACAAGGGACUUCCAUGUCCUCUAUUUGAAGAGUUGAAAAAUGAAACUAUGUAAAUCAUGUGAUAUCAAUACCACUGGGGCAUACAAUACGAUAUUAUGGUUAAGGAAGCAAAAUAAAUAUAACAGUUAAAGUUUUGAACAUAAAGUA